AUGAGCAAGGUCGUAAGAAGCGUCAAGAACGUCACAAAGGGCUACUCGGCCGUCGAGGUCAAGGUCCGCAAUGCCACCAGCAACGACCCGUGGGGUCCCGUGGGCUCAGACAUGGCCGAGAUCGCUCAGAUCACCUUCAACAACUCCACCGACUUCUACCAGGUCAUGGACAUGCUGGACAAGCGGCUGAACGACAAGGGCAAGAACUGGCGCCACGUCCUGAAAUCACUCAAGGUCCUCGACUACUGUCUUCACGAAGGCUCCGAGCUGGUCGUGACGUGGGCGCGCAAGAACAUCUACAUCAUCAAGACAUUGCGAGAGUUCCAGUACACCGACGAAGAUGGCCGCGAUGUCGGCCAGAACGUGCGAAUGGCCGCCAAGGAGCUUACCUCCCUGAUCAUGGACGAAGAGCGAUUGCGCGCCGAGCGAGCCGACAGGAAAUCGUGGAAGUCGCGCGUGACCGGUAUUGAGGAGUACCCGGGAAACCACCCAGCCGCGAACAACGGGGAGGGCUCUCACAGGCCGCGACGAGAGGGCGGCGGUGCGCGGCCGCGUCGCGACGAGGAAGACCUGGAGUUCAAGCUGGCGCUCGAGGCGAGCAAGAACGAGGCCGAGCAGGAGAAGAAGCGCAGGGACCGGGGCACCGUUCCCGACGACGAUGAUGAUCUCGCAAAGGCGAUCAAGCUGAGCAAGGAAGAGGAGGAGCUACGCCGCCUAGAGCUGGAACAGACCAAUGCCGACUUGCUCUUCGGUGACGCGCCUGCGCAGCCAAACUCAUACCAGCCAACCGGCAACAACCAGGGAUAUCAGCAGCAGGGACAGGUCGACUGGUUCGGUAACCUGAUGGAUCAGCAGUCGCAGCAACAGCCCCAGCAGCACCAGCAACAACAACAACAACAACAACCCCAAAAUACUGGCUUCCUCAAUAACGCAUACUCCCAGCCGACUGGCAUGCAACCGCAGCAGACAGGCUUCCAGAACGGAUAUGGUGGCUAUGGUGGUUUCCAGCAGCAGCCUCAGCAGACGGGCUUCGACCAGUUCGGUCAACAGCAGCAGCAGCCGCAGUACAUGCAGCCUCAGCACACCGCAUUCAACAUGAGCAACCCUUAUAACCAGUUUGGCGGUGGCAUGGGCCAGCAGCAGCAGCCGCAGCAGCCGCAGGAGCAGAGCACACUCCAGCCUGGCAGUCACAACCCCUGGGCAAGCAACAACCAACAGGAGGCUCUGAUGCCUCAACCUACCGGCUCCAACAAUCCGUUUGCGCAAGGCUUCAACCGGCCACAGACUGCAACGCAAGCAGCCCGCGUGCCAUCGCUGAGUGCUCUGCAGGAGCAGAAGACACAGACACAGUUCAACAACACUUCUUUCAAUCCUCCAGUGUCGUUCUCGACACCUCCACCCCAGCAGCAACCCCAGCAGCAGAUGCAGCCACAAAAAGAAAUGGACCCCCAUGCUGCAAGGCUCAACACGCUCCUCGCUACAGGAGAAGGCCAGGACACCUUUGGAAACGUUGGCAAUCUUCGUCUUCCUGCGCAGCACACAGCACCUGGUACUUUUGUCAACUCGGCCGGUGCUGGUCUGAACCGAAUCAACGCAAACGCAACGGGCAACAACCCCUUCCUCAACUCGCAGUUCACAGGCAUGCCCCAGCAGAACCGCAUGAUGCCAGCUCAGACCGGACCCGCAGGCAACUUCGGAGCCAACCCGUACGGCGGCCAGAGCGCGAAUCCCUUUGGUGCCCCGCAGCAGCAGCAGCAGCAGCAGCAGCAGAGGGCUCAGGGGGGCAACAACCUAAUAGACCUGUGA